GGCUGCUCUGUCAGCUGAUUGGUUAAAAUGCACGGUGCUGUUUUGGCGGUUCGGAGAAACAUAUAAAAAAAAGAUGGCGGCGUCCUUUUCUGCAGGAAGAAAAGUUUUCAGUGUUGGAAUGAAGAGGAAGGAAACCGCGGACCAGUGUUUGGCAGCCAGCGCGUAGAGCCGCGAGGACACCGUUACUAUUGUGGCCCGCCUACUGCUCGUGUUCUCCUCACAGCGGGACCUUCCUGCUUCUCUUUCUAGUUCGUUCUUCUCCGGUACGGUCCUUUGUGUGUUCCUUGGCCGGAGGAAUGCAGAGCUCCGCACGAUCCCAGCCCACCUGGAGGAAGGAGCACCUGUGGAUGUAUCUGCAGGCUCUGGGCUUCGAGGCCGUUGUAGCCAACAAAACGCUGGACCAUGUGUCCUUCGCAGCGAACAUGUUUGACAAGCCCAAUAAGGAUGCAUUUUAUGUGGUUUUACACUUUCUGUUUUCGAAGCUCAAUGCUGUGCAGUGCAAGGAGGUUUUCAGACAUUGUUGGCCUCCACGGGACAAGAAGAAAGAUGCUGAAUUUAGGAAGGCAUCCUAUGACUGGCUAAGAAAGAUUUCUGAAGAUGCUGGGAAUGGUUUUCCGCAAGUUGUUGCAUCCAUAUUUCUUUCACCUGGCGGUCCUAAGUGUGUUCAACUCUUGUACUUUUUUGCCAGACAUGUUAUGUUGCAACAUAUUAAAAGAAAUGAAGGCACAAGUUCCUACAUUUCUGAUUCCCUCCAGCUUCAAAUUCAAGACCCAGAAAAGGCUUUGGCGAGAAAUAAGGUGGCACGUAAAAGAUACCUGCAAACUCUGCAGAGGGAGAAUGUUAUGAUUAAGCAGUACCAGGAGAAAGCACAGUUGCUUGUAAAGCAGAUAAGGGAGUUGCGGUCUGAGUGUGGGGCUUUGCAGAACCAGUGCAGAGCAACACAAAAUGAGAGGACUUCUGGUGAAAAUAAGGAAGAUCAAAUAGAAGAGGUGCGACGGUUGUGGGAGAACAUUAUGGGGAACCUGAAAUCUUUGGAGAAAGAAGUAGAAGUUGUGGAUUCUGUUGUUGGAGAUGUUGAUCAGUGCUGUUUAGAUGGAUCAAAGGUUUCCCUUAACAUUCCCAGUGCAUUGGUGAGCAGAAUUGAAAAUGAAAUGCAAACGUUGCAAAUAGAUAAUGUGUACGAAGCUGGAAAAGUGAACCUUAUAACCAUUAUCCAACUUCUAAAUGAAGCCCUAAAAGUUAUCAUAUUGGAACGGAGUUGCAAUGGUGGCCAAAAACUUCAAGUGGACCGUCAGUAUCUUGUUACAAAGGCCAAGUUUGAAACUGAAGUUCUUACAAGGCUAAAACACACAAGACAUAAAAUUAAAAGAGAAGAUCUUGUUUCUAUUAAUAAAUCGAUUUUGGAAAAACAAGAGGACUGGGACAAAAAAUGGAAAAGUAUUCUUGGGAUGUCGCCUUUUAGCCUCUUCAAAGGACUGAACCCAGUUCUUGAACUUCAGCCACCACUAGCUCCUUUUUCAUUUGAACCUGCAUCAGAAGAAGCUUUACGGAGCAGUAUUUAUAGUCAGUACCCAGCCUCUCUCCCAGAUGUGCUUGACAAAGAUUCAGAAACCAUACACCAAGAUCACAAUGAUUCCUUUACAAGUUUCAUGGAUGCCACGUUAUUUACACCAAGAGGAAGGAUGUCAUUACCAAGUCAGAAGAUGACUCCUCAUCGCAGAAUGUCCUUAAAUGACAUGGAUUUUCGAACACCACAAUCUGCCAUUAAGGAGAGGUUUUUGCAAAGGACGCCAAAUUCUUUGCAUAAGAGAAGGUCUGAUGUGGUUUGGAAACCUACACCAAGUAACAAACUACCACAUACCCCAACACCUUGUAAACAGGAUCCCAUGAGUGCUACACGCCUGCAGCUUGCACAGCAGGUUGCUGAUUUUAUAGUUGACGAUGCCCCAAAAUAUCAGUCGGGACGUGGAAUGGAGCUGGAUAAUUUGCUUGGCAUGCUGUCCUCUGAUCCUUUCUUAUCUAGAAAAGAGAUUCCUCGCACUCCAGAGAACUUGAUUUCAGAUAUUCGAACAUCCUGGCGAAAAGCCAUCCAGAAUGAAGAAUUUUGCGAUGUAUCUAGUCCAGUGGAAGAGCCAUGUGUAGAAUCUCUUGUAGAACAAGAGUCUGCUCACUGCAGCCUGGUGGAUCUGAGCAUGGCUUGCUUCCUGUCUGCUUCUCAUUUGUCUGAGCAUAAUGAGCUGUCAGAUCAAAGGAUGUCUUUGAGCACCGGAAAACCAGACCCUCAUGAAAAAGCAGCCUUAAGUCAGAACUUGACACCCUCUUUGGCUAGUGAAAUUAAAUGGUCUGAGAGAGACAAAUUUACUCCAAUAAAGGAAUGUGUGAGAGCGCAGUUGUUGCAGCCUGCAGUUGGAGACCAGAAUGAUACUUUUAUUUUUGACGACCAGCCAGGUGAUAAAUUGAAAGACCGCACAAUGAUUAUACCUGCAGUUAGUCAAGAAAUUUCUUCUGCACAUUCCACUCUUUCAUGGAACUCUUCAAAAGCAAUGGACUUGAGCAUUAGUUCUGAGAGCCACGAUGUUAUCCAGUUUGGCAUACUACAAGAAACUAUCCCAGAAGGAGAUGGAAACCUGAGUCUUACCAGCACAUCUAGUGCACAGACUCCAGAGGUGGACAGGUACAGCACCAGAGUAGAAAGUGAGCUCCCCUCAGAUAGUAGAGAGGGUGGCUGGGAACCUAUGGAGCGUAAAAUGGACCUAAAUUCUAUACGUACUAGAUAUGAAGCUCUAAAAAGAAGCUUUUUUACAUCUUUAACAGAGGAAACAAAUAGUCUAGCACACACCCCUUUAAGCAAGGUUGAUAAGCAAAAAUCUGAAUCCAGCCUUCCAACAGAGACUAUGGGUGUGUUCAGCCCCUUAGAUAAAGUAUUAACAUUGGAUUUGGACUAUCUAAACACUCCAUCACCCAGAGACAGAAAGCUGUCCCUUCCGCAGCUCAUCGCUUUUUCUCCUUGUGAAGAUAAUGUACAUGCCGGGAUCACAGAAGAUUUCCCAGAUGUGUUUGAAUCGCGAGGUAAUCUUUAUUGCUGCUAUACUUUAAGGCACUGGAAAUAUCAAUCGGACCUUUGAUUACACACAUUCUGUGGAAGACCUGCAGCAAAGUACAGAUGAAGCACAGCUUAUAAUGCUGUAAUAAACUAUGCAGACUUUUUUUGUUCUUAGAAUGCAUCCAUAAUUUGUAAAUCAAUAUGUAUGUGUAACAGUUAAAUAAAUAAUUUAUAAUUUUUUUUA